AUGAUGAAGAUGAUGGCUAAUAACAUUUUAGCCUCUAGUAUUCUAGUCAUUCUUCUGUUCUGUGAGUCAGCAGUUGGAGCAAGAACAAAGCUACUCUCAGCCAAUAAUGGUCAGGAUGCUUCUUUUGCAUUGGCUCCAUCUGCCAAUGAUGGCAUCUGUGCAACAAUGGUGGAAACUCAUGGCUAUGCCUGUGAAGAACACACAGUAACAACACAAGAUGGCUAUAUACUCAGUAUGCAGAGAAUUCCAGUUAGAAAGUCAGGGGAGGCAUCCGGAAACCGGAUACCGGUACUUCUACAACACGGGCUGCUGAUGGAUGGGAUAACAUGGCUGCUACUACCUCCUGACCAAUCUUUGGCAUUCCUCUUGGCUGAUAAUGGGUAUGAGGUCUGGCUUGGCAACACUCGCGGCACCAAAUUUAGCCUGGGCCAUACAUCACUCAGUCCCGAUGAUCCGGCUUAUUGGGAAUGGUCAUGGGAUGAAUUGGUCGCUUAUGAUCUUCCAGCUACAUUCCAGUACGUGCAUGAUCAAACAGGACAGAAAAUUCACUAUGUUGGACAUUCACUGGUGAAUUCCACAAACUCUGCAGUUUUGUUCUGCUCUUGGUGCUGCUUUUGCAAAGACCAGCAACUGAAUAGAUUGAGAUCAGCUGUCUUACUUAGCCCGAUUGCUUAUGUUGGUCAGAUACCUUCACCCCUUGCAAGAGCUGCUGCUGAAAACUUUAUUGCUGAGGCAUUAUACAAGGCAGAUAUCAGAGAGUUUAAUCCGAAUGGGAAGGCACUAGUCGAAGUUCUUAAGGCUGUCUGCAGUAAACCAGGUGUUGACUGCACUCACUUGUUGACCGCUUUCACAGGCAAGAAUUGCUGCUUAAACUCUUCCAUAGUAGAUGUUUUUCUGGACCAUGAGCCUCAGUCAACCUCAACAAAAAACAUGGUCCAUAUAUCUCAGAUGAUAAGAGAUGGAACAGUUGCAAUGUAUGACUAUAAUAACAAGAAUGAGAACAUGCAACACUAUGGGCAGCCCAAUCCUCCAGUGUACAGCAUGACAAGCAUCCCAAAUGACCUUCCUCUCUUCCUCAGUUAUGGAGGGGCAGAUGCUCUUUCUGAUGUCAAAGAUGUGAAGCUGUUGCUGGCCAGCCUCAAAGAUCAUGAUGGAGAUAAGCUUGUGGUUCAGUACAGAGAUGAUUAUGCUCAUGCAGAUUUUGUCAUGGGACAAACUGCUAAGCACGACGUGUAUGAUCCUCUCAUGGCCUUCUUAAAACUCCAAUGA